AUGCCACCUAUUAAAACUGGCAGUGAGACCGGUAGAGUUAGAAUGUUAGAGCCACCAAGAGUGGCUCCAGCAAGAAGAGGCCAAAGUGGUCCGGGACAGUCAAAGAAUACCUCACAAGGAGGCCAAGGUGUGACCUUUCAUGCAUCCUGUCGUUAUUGUGGAAAGUUGGGUCAUGUUGAGAACAAUUGUUGGAGGAAAGGAAAAAGGUAUUUACGCGGUAGAAAUGCCGAGCAUCAGAUUUCUAGUUGCCCGCUCAUGUCUUCAGAAGGAAGUAACACUCAACGAUCAGAUAAGCUUGCUAUUAAGCCAACGAGUUCAAGAGAGGGUAGACCUAAAGUGCCAGCUAGGCUUUAUGCCUUCGAUCAUCAACAAAUCCCUGACUCGACUGAAGUUAUAGAAGGUACGAUCCCUGUAUUGCAUCGCUUAGUUAAGGUUUUAAUAGACCAUGGUGCGACUCAUUCAUUUAUGAAACCUGAUUUUAUGAGUGGGAUAGAUGUAAAGUCUGCUAAAUUGCCUUAUGAUUUGGAAGUUAGAACACCAACGGGGAAUCAAUACUUGACUUCUAAUUUGGUGUAUAGAAAUUGUGAAAUUUGGGUUGGGGAGUGUAAGUUGUUGGCUAACCUAAUUAGUUUACUAAUUAAGGGAUAUGACGUCAUUUUGGGGAUGGAUUGGAUAGUUCAAUAUCAUGCUCGGUUGGAUUGUAAGAUGAAAGUUGUGAAAUUGUGCAUUCUGGGGGAAGCAAUACUAAGGCUGGACGUGAGAGGAAAGUUAGCCUCGUCAACUCUUAUUUCAGAGAUUUGA